AUUAGCGAGAACAUGACGUCACAUUUAGCACCCGUGAACUGUGCACGAAAAUCUGUGUGGAGUAUGGAAUUCCCUUCCGGAAGAUAGCGAAAAUUAUUAAUUUAUUACAUAAAAAGGGAACAUUUAGACAGUCAUAUGGUUGCAUAUACUCUUCUGUAGAUUGUUGAAGCAUUCAAGGCCUCUGAGGGGCCGUACUGGAUCUCUACGAUGUCUCGACAUGACUCUGUCAGUUGCGAUUCCUGCCUAAAGGGUAACUUCAGGGGGCGCCGAUACAAGUGUCUUAUUUGCUACGACUACGACCUGUGCGCGGUGUGCUAUGAGAACGGCGCCACCACCACACGCCACACAGCGGAACACCCCAUGCAGUGCAUUCUAACACGUUCAGAUUUUGAUUUAUACUAUGGAGGGGAGGCAAUCACACUAGAGCAGCCACAGUCCUUCACUUGCCCAUAUUGUGGCAAAAUGGGCUUUACGGAGUCCACACUACAAGAGCACGUCACGUCCGAACACUCGGACUCCUCACUAGAAGUGGUGUGUCCAGUCUGUGCAGCGUCGAUAGGCGGAGAUCCCAACCAUGUUACAGAUGACUUUGCCGCUCAUCUAACAUUGGAACACAGAUCCCCUAGAGAUCUGGAUGAGACAGGUAAUGUCAGACACCUUCGUAGAAUGUUCCACCCUGGUCGCGGUAUUGGCCAGCGGACGAGGAGACCCAACAUGCACUUCAGCGGCGGCAGCGGCCUGUCGUCGGGCCAGAGCUCCAGCUCACCCAGUAGUAGGGAGACCAUGGAUCCCAUUGCCGAAUUGCUGUCUCAGCUAUCAGGAACACGGCGCGUAGCGGGUCACUCCUCCACAGCCUCACAGCUGCAGCAGCUACAAAUCAUGCAGCUGCAGCUAGAGAGACAACAGCAACAGCAGCAGAGCCAGCAAGGCACAGCAAGGCAGCAGGUUGAAAGGUUAGCAGUACCAAGGCGGCAAGCGACUGCCGCAGCAGCAGCGUCUGCAGCAGCCGCAGCAUCCAGUAACAGUAAUCCGGGCCACGGCGCCUCAUUGUCUUCAUUAGGCGGAGCCGAAAGUGCAACCGUCUCCUCGGCAUCACAAAAAGACUCCCAAUUUCUCUUAUCCAGAAUACAAGAGCCAGUCCUAUCAGAGACCGAACAACAAACGCUAGAGGUAGAAAACGCAGACCGGAGCUUCUUCCUCCAAGAUCUCAUCCUCUCCACCCUGAAUGACGACUACGGCGACGCGGACUCGGAACCCGAGGACAACGAACCCGUCAUAGAGGGUGCUAUAGGCGGCACCAGCGAAUUCGAACCCCCCGAAACGUUACUGAAGCUAGAUUCUUUGAAUUUAAGAGAACGGGAGGGGCCGGCAUAGCAGCAACCCAAACAAAGGGGGGACGUAGGAAAAAAAUCAAGGAUUUCUCUCAUAGAUUAGCUUGUGUAUACCAACAAAUUUAUCUGUGUAAAUUAUAUAUAUAUAUUAAAAAUACACACACACACACGAAAAACUGCUAGUUCCAGAAUUUACCCAAAUUUGAACUGUUUCUGUCUGCAUGUGUUGUGCAGGGGUGUUUCUUAAAUUUAGUGUUGCACAUAUUGCCUUUUGGAAUAAUGUGUCAGUGUUUAUAAUACUUUUAAAGCAAAACAACAAACAAGGACAGUCUUGCUUUGCACGCUGUGCAGUGUUUCUUUUUAACAAAAAAAAUGAAGUUAUGUAAAACAGAGUAAAAGUCCAUAGUGUUUCAAUUGUCCAGCCUUAAAACUUUACAUGAAAAAAAGUGAUGUUCGUUCAAAUAUUGGCUAUGUCAUUUAUACAUGUA